AUGAUCUUCCGUCGUUGUUGGGUUCUAUGGCUCAUCCUGAUGAUAGCUGGAAGGGGAUACGCUGUUUCUUAUCAUCAACCGAGAUUUUGUUCGAGCGCAACAUGGCGUUACAAUGCAACCACUUUCUCUGCUUCGACUAUUGGUAUAAGUCCAGCGUACAUAUUUAUCACUAAAAAUAACACGAUUUCUGUUGUUAAUCCGUCCAACAACACGAUUGUUAUGUGGAACGACAAUAACAGUACACCAAUUAGAACUAUCAAGCUCAAUUCCAGUCAACCGUACAGUCAUUUCGUAAUGGAUUCAGACGAUAUAUACAUUGAUAGUUUUAUUCAAGCAGGUCAAGUUGGAAAAUGGUUUGUAAAUUCGACCUUCGGUCAACCGGUAAUGUAUCCUUGCUCGCAAUGCUAUGGUUUGUUUGUGGAUAUUAAUAGUAAUAUCUAUUGUUCAAUAAAUGACAAACAUCAAGUUGUUGCACAAUCGUUGAACGAUAUCUCCAAUAGAAUGAACAUCGUGGCUGGAACUGGUAUUAGUGGAUCGAAUUCAGAUAUGCUUUCGGCGCCCUAUCAGAUUUAUGUUGAUACCAAUUUGGAUUUAUAUGUCGCAGAUUCUGGCAAUAACCGAGUACAAUGUUUUCAAGUAGGACACACAAAUGGAACCACGGUAGCUGGAAUAAGCUCGCAGUAUAUUACGAUUACGUUAAACAGUCCUACUGGAAUUGUACUCGAUGAAGAUAAAUAUCUUUACAUUACCGAUUCUGGUAACAAUCGUAUUGUGGCAUCAGGACCAUAUGGAUUCCGUUGUCUCGUUGGCUGUUCGUCUCUGGCUGGUUCAACAGCUGAUAAACUCAACUCUCCAGUAGUUUUUAGUUUCAACAGUCACGGAGAUAUGUUCGUAGUUGAUAAAGGAAAUCGUCGUAUCCAAAAAUUUUAUUCACAGUCAAACUUAUGUAAUAACUUUACAACGGCCAUCAUCACAACAAGCACAUCAACUACAACUACUACAAGUACACAGAAUUCAAACCAAUAUUUAACAACAAUAACUUCAGCGAACAUCAUGGUUUCAUAUAAUCGACCGAAGUUAAGUGAAAAUUCGACAUGGUAUGAAAAUGCAACGACAUUUGCUGAUACUAAUGUAAUUGGUGACGAUCCGUACGCUAUUUUCAUUGAUAUAUAUAACACAGUAUAUUUUGCUGCCAGUAAUCCACAUCAAGUUAUCAUAUGGUCGAACGGUAGUAAUAUUGUGACAAAUACUCUACCUGAUUAUCAAAUGGCUGGAGUUGGUCUUUUCGUUACAUUGAAUGGAGAUAUUUAUCUUGAAAAAGACAUCAACGGGGAAAUACACAAAUGGAAUGUGAAUUCGAAUACCACAGUUCUUGCUCUAAAUAUGCACAAUAGAUGUCAAGGUUUAUUUAUUGAUAUUAACAAUAUGUUAUAUUGUUCGCAAUCGUCACUGCAACGAGUUGUUUUCAAAUCUUUGAACAAUGAAUCGAGUCUAAUGACCAUCGUUGCUGGAACAGGUUGCUCGGGAAACAAUUCGUUACAACUGUCACAGCCUUCUGGUAUAUUUGUUGAUACGAAUUUGGAUUUAUAUGUAGCAGAUACGGCUAACAAUCGAGUUCAACGCUUUCCAGCAGGUCAGACAAGUGGAAUAACUAUGGCAGGAAGUAGUUCGUUAAAUACUACCAUUACACUCUCAUCUCCGUCAUGUGUGAUGCUUGAUUUCGAUGGAAAUCUUUUUGUUCUCGAUUCUUUUAAUCAGCGUGUUGUUCGGUCAGGAUCAAAUGGCUUUUGGUGUAUUGUUGGCUGCACUGGAGUUGGAGGCUCUGAUGCAAAUCAACUAAAUUAUCCUCAAUAUAUGGCAUUUGAUAGUCAUGGGAACAUCUUUGUAACUGAUGUGUACAAUAACCGAAUACAAAAGUUCGAAAUCAUAAAUAUACCUUCGAAGGGGAUAACAGCAGUGAAUGAAGUAUCUCCAACAAUAAAUUCAUCAACAUCUUCAAUUUCUUCAACAACAGUUGCAACUACAAAUGACUAUACAACUGCUUUUACAUCGCACCAAACCGCUACAGAAAUGAUCAUAGGUCAGUCCAGACAGAAGAAAACACCAAUACAUGUCUUUUUUUUAGACUACACAACAACUAACAUUGUGGCAACAAUCACUGUUCAAAGUGCCACUACACUAAUUGAAACAACAGUGGUAUCAAACAGUCCACAAACACAGUUUACAGCAGAUAUGAACACAGAGGCAACAGAAGGCGAUGAUACUACUAUUAGCUCGGCUACAAUAGAAAACGGCAGAGAUGAAACAACGUCAAUGAUCGCCGUCUCAACUAUACACGGAAACACAACAAAUACAAAUUCUGGAAAAUCAUUGUUCAGUUCAAGUUCUCCUUCACCGCAAACAACCAAAGAACCAGUGAUGCCCACCGCUAUUAAUAAUUCAUCUUGUUUACUUUCUGCAAUUACUCUAAUCCCUGCGAUCUCAUCGGUUUCAUUGGCAGUAGAAUUCCAUCGAAAUGAAGAUUUUUAUAUUAGUUCAACAAUCGAUAUCAAUUGUAAUAAUUCUAUGCUAAUGACCAUGGAGUGGACAGUGAAAACCUGUACACCAAAUUGUUUACAUGUAAUACAAAUAGAUGAAUCAAUCGGCACAACAUUCAGUGAAAUUUAUUUUCCACCUCGAAGUUUACCUUAUGGAAUCUACAAAUUAGAACUAACAAUAACUGCAAAUACUUCGUCACAAAGUACAAACACGGCAUUUACUUUCGUCAAAAUCAUUCCAUCUGAUAUCCAAGUGAAUCUAAUUCGAUUAGGAACAUCAAUGAUUACUCAUAAUUACCAACAAGAUCUUAAACUUGAUCCUGGAACAUACUCAAUCGAUUUCAAUGGAUAUGAAUUCAAUGCUAGUGAUUGGUUAUAUGAAUACUAUUGCCGAAUCUAUGAUACUUUCACAACGAAUGAGCCGAUGGUACCAAUAGAUUCACUGAAUUCAUCGUGUUUGAUAAAUCAGACAUUGUUUACAUAUGAUGGUGUACCACUUUCACAUCGAUCAUCGAUAAGUAUUCACGCUGGGUCAAUGUCACCUGACAAAACAUAUCAAUUCAUCGUUUCAAUGCAAAAUCAACAGAAUUCUUCUAUUCAAAUCACUGGUUCGGCAUUAGUCAAACUCGUAAAUUUUCCAACGAAACGCAUUAUUAUCGGAUGUGUUAUUCAAACGAUGUGUACUCCAAAUAUUGAAUAUCAACUUGUGAAUCCAUCAACACAGAUUGCAUUGUAUGCCGAAUGUAUUGAUACUUGUGAUAUCCAAGAAAAUAUUACAUGGAAUAUUUACUAUGGUAAAAUCAAUUCUUCGUCGAAUGCAACACAAUGGAUGUUGUUUAGUCAAAUGAAUUUGUAUGAUAAUAUUUGGUUUUAUGGGAGAAAUACAAGCAAUUUUACCGCAUCAAAGGACUUGUUCUCGAGAAAUUCUCAGUUUAAUCUUUGGAGAUUUGAAGUCAUCUACGGACUUCUAUCAGAAAUAAGUUCAAGUGCAUUGGAUUUUACAAUCAAUCAACCACCUUCGAAUGGUUCAUGUUCAAUUAAUCCUCUCAAUGGUACAACAAGUACUGUAUUUUAUAUUUCCUGCACAGAUUGGUUCGACAAAAAUGGAAUCAAGGAAUAUUUACUUUAUAUUUGGUCAACCGAUCCAUCGGACACGAUGAUCAAUGCAUUUUCUUCAAUAUCAACAUUUCAAGUUCGAUUACCAGCAGGAACUAUUUCUUUGAUCGUUCAUAUUCGAGAUAAAGCAGAUUGUGUAACUGAAUAUAACAUAUCGACUUCUGUCGUUGUUCUACCGGAUUCGAGCGAAAUCACAAGUUUGAUCAAGAGUACGACUCAUAAUUAUAUCAACAAAUUGUUUUCAAGUGGAAAUCAAAAUCUAAUUGGACAGAUAAUAACAUCGAUAUCAAUACAAUUCAAUAGUAUGAGUUACGCAAAUAUCAACAAUGCAAUUUCAAAUGGACUUUCACCAACGAAUAUAUUCAUUUCAUCAUUGGGAAAUACUUCUCUAUCAAUGAACUCAAUUUCAUCAUACAAUCAAUCUGCCCUAAUCGAAUAUGACAAGCGAAGAAAUUCUCUUGCAAACAUUCGUUCUACUUUAGCGAAAUUCAUUCCCAAAGUAGCAAUUCUCGGUUCGAGUAGUAUCCAAUUGCAGUCAACUAUGUUAGUUCAUCUAACUCAAUCAACAAACGAAUUAACACGUCAAACUUUAGCAAUUGUAUCCAAACAAUGUUAUCGAUUGACUCUUGCAUUGUGUUCGAUGGCAAGUCGAAUCUCAGCUGAUGAUGUUCGACGAGCAUCGAAGCAAUUAAUUCAAUGUGCUUCCAAUGUUUUAACAGCUGUAAAUGGUCCAUUACAAUCCCGAACAGACGUGUUGGAAGAAGAUUUCUUCGAUGCAACAAGUUUUCCGACUGAUUACGACACAGAUAUCGAGUCUCCUUGGUCAAAUCUAAAUUUAUUUGCCGAUGGAAACGAUUUUUCUUGGGAAACAGUCGAAAAGAAUCGAAAUCUUUAUUAUCAAAAGGAAUUAGCAAAUCAAAUUCUUGAUCAAAUGAAUACACUCAUUUCAAAAAUCACUUCAGCUAUGAACAUUCACUUGACUCUCAAUCAAAACUUACUCGUCAAUACAUCCGAAGUUUUCAUGUUAAUCGAAAAACGAACACUUCAAUCGUUAACAAACAUCAAACUCGAACAGACUGAGAAUGCGCACAUUCAAUUACCAACGAAUCUCUACAAUAAUUCAUCCGUUUUAAUUCGAUCAAUGUUAACACCAUUAGCUCCAUUCGGUAACAUAACAACUCAGAUAACUUUCACCAAUCUGUCGCGAUCAAUCUCAUUGUCGAUUUUUGAUCUCAAUGAAUUGGAAAUAUCCAUGCAAACAAAUGAACGUUCUCCGAUUAAAAUUGUCAUUCCUCAUGAUUCGAAUCUCAGAAUUCCGUCGAUGAUUUUACAAGAUGUUAUAUCCAUGAAUUCAACAUUUUAUCAGCAGUUGUUUAAUUUGCAUUAUCUAAACAUAACGAAUUCUCUUCCAAUUUCACUUCAUUUUGAAAUUGAACCAUUGAAGGAAAAUAUUUCAUAUAUGUUUAUUUAUAAAUUUGACCAAUCACCACAACUGAAUAGUUCAAUCAAUCACAUCGACGGAUGGACGCUGUUUUGUUCUUCAAAUUUAACAACUGAUAACCUUUAUAAAUAUUUUAUUGAUAAUCGACAAACAUCUAAUCAUCGAUCGAUUAUCUUCGGUUUAAGAGAAUUACAACCGUCGGAGAAUGUCUGUUCGAACUUUUCGCCUACAAAUCCACCAAUAAUGGACAAACGUAUGAACUUCACAGCAAAUUAUCAAUUGAGAAUUUAUGCAUCUGGUUGUUAUUAUCUCGAUUCAAAUAAUCAAUGGAAAUCGGAUGGAUUAGUCGUUGGAGAGAGAACAACUCUGAAUGCAACAGAAUGUUAUUCAACACAUUUAACAACAUUUACCAGUGCGUUUUGUGUUUUACCUGAUCCAAUCAAUUGGAACUACGUCUUUAGUAAUGCUCAGUUUAUGAAAAAUAAAACAAUUUAUUUAACAAUUAUCUGUGUCUCAGUUAUCUAUCUGAUCUUGUUAAUCUUUGCACGUUACAAAGAUAAAAAAGAUGCGGAAAAAUUGGGAGUAACAGUUUUACCCGAUAAUCAUAAAUUAGAUGAUUAUUUCUAUGAAAUCAUCGUUUUCACUGGUCAACGAAAAGAUGCUGGAACAAAAUCAAAUGUACAGUUCGUCCUCUGUGGUAAUAAUCAUCAGACACGUAUUCGUACUUUAAUGGAUCCACAGCGAUCGAUUUUACAACGAGGUGGAAUCGAUGCAUUUCUCAUGAGUGUACCAAAAUCGUUGGGUUUAUUGAAUUUCAUUCGUAUUUGGCAUGACAAUAGUGGCAAAGGAUCCUCAUCAUCAUGGUUUUUGAAAUAUUUAAUCAUUCGUGAUUUACAAACAAUGGAAACAUUUCAUUUUAUUUGUCAAAAAUGGUUUGCGGUGGAAAAAGAUGACGGAAAAAUCCAACGAAUUUUACCGGUGGCGAGUGAAAUGGAAAAACAUGAAUUUCGUCAUGUUCUAUCAAAACGUGCAUAUUCUUGUAUAUCAGAUAGUCAUUUAUGGUUUUCAAUCUUUUCUCGUCCGCCAUCGAGUCACUUCACACGUGUUCAACGAUGUACAUGUUGUUUUGUUCUUUUAUUUGUCUCCAUGUUCUUGAAUAUUAUGUACUAUGAUUUGGCAAACGAAACAAAAGCGUCUGAUCCAACAAAAUCAUUGAGUUUAACAUUCGGUACACUGUGUAUAACGCAUCAACAGAUUAUUGUCGGUGUCAUUGUGGAAUUAUUUGCAUUACUUCCCAGUUUUUUAUUGGUACAAAUGUUUCGUCGAAUUCGAUGUCGACAAAAGCAAACUUCAACAUUACGAAGUACUUUUCAAAAGAUUCAAGCAAAUUCCAAAUCAAAUGAAACUGUUGAACGGAAGAACAAACGAAAAACUCUACCUUGGUGGUUUAUUUUCAUUGCCUAUGGUAUCUGUAUAGUUUUAGUUGGCGUUUCCAUCGUUUUUAUCUGUGGUCGAGGAAUUGAAUUUGGUGAUCUGAAGACUGGACAAUGGUUAACAUCAAUUUUCAGUGGAUUUCUCUCAUCAAUACUUCUAGUGCAACCAUUGAAAAUUCUCUUUUUGAUUGUAUUCUUUGGUGUUUGUUGGCGAAAAGCGUUUGAUGAUGAAGAAAUCAAAGAUUAUUUCGAUAAUCAACCAAUCGAAUUAGAUCGAGAUGAAGAAUAUCUUCAUAUGAUCAGAAGAACUUCGAUUUUUAUCUAUCGAAAUCCAGUUUAUUUCAAUCGUUUGAAUAAAACUGAAGUUGCCUGUGCACGUGAAAUACGUUUAAAAGAAAUUCAAAUGUGGACUAUUGUCAAUGAAGCACUUAUGUAUCUAGGUUUUCUCAUUCUAUUGUAUUCUCUCGUCUAUUCCAAUCAUUUUUCAAAUUCUUUUUAUCAAGUUGAUCAUUUACGUAAGUAUUUAACAAACUCAAGACAAAUCGAUGCGAAUUUCUCAAAGAUUUCAACAAUUGACGAUUGUUGGAAUUGGCUAGAAAACAGUUUCGUGUAUAAUCUUCGAGCACAAACUUGGUAUAACGGCAAUGUACCUCGAAAUUUGAGUGGAUUUAUCAAUGACAAAUCCAAUCGAUUGAUUGGUUGGGCAACAAUGAGACAAUUACGAGUCAAAUCACAGCGAUGUCCAAUUCAUAAUACAAUUGCUUAUUCGUGUAUUUACGACUACAGUUUCUUUGAUCAAGAUGAACAUUCUUAUUAUCCCGAAUGGAGAAAUCAAUCGAAUAACAAUUACAGUUCGACUAUUUAUAAUGCAUUCAAAUACAAAUCAAGUGAACAAUUGGGUACAUACAUUUAUGUGGGUGACCAUAAGACUUAUGGAGGUGGCGGUUAUGUUUAUGAAUUUCGUGGUCGCUUAUCAUCACUUCAAAGUAACCUUUCACAGCUUCAUCGAUUAGGCUGGAUCGAUACACGAACACGAGCUGUUAUCAUCCAAUUAAGUUUAUACAAUGCAAAUGUUGAAUUAUUCACAUCAGUGACCCUUCUCAUAGAAAUACUAUCGACAGGUGGAUUUUAUCCGACAAUUCGUGUUGAACCGAUGCAUUUUUAUACGUUUACAUCCGUAUGGCAACUCAUUUGCACAAUUGUGUAUUUGAUUGUAAUUAUCUAUUUCAUGGUUGUUGAAAUUCGAUUGUUAAUGCGAUUAAAAUGGAAAUAUUUUCUUCAAUUUUGGUCAUUAAUCCAAUGGAGUAUAAUCGUAUGUUCAUGGAUAAGUGUUAUGAUUUAUAUUUGGCGUUACAAUGAAUCGAAACGAAUCGGUCAAUUGUUUACAGAAACAAAAGGACAUAUUCAUGAACUAGAGAACUAUUCAAAUUGCUUUCAUUUUUCCAUUAUAAUGGAUUCACUACGAUGA